CUCUAAUAUCUCAUGGGAAGCCAUAAGUACUCGAAAUGUCUCACCUUCCAACAUCUUGACUCAGACAUCUUCAACACUCAUUUAAUCCAUGGUUGACUUAUACAAACACUCUCAUGCCACCCUGACAUCCAUACCCCUUAACCACCCAAGCCAAAGCCACCAUGAUGAGAUUCACAACAAUAAGCUGUGGACUGAGCUUCCUACUACCUGUAUACGCCCGAGUGAUCUCUGAUCCGUGCGCUACAACCACUACUCUACCUGUCAUCACUGUCACAAAAGGCACUGAUGGCUAUUACAACCAGUAUACUCGCACAUAUCAAGAGUUCUACCCCCAAGGCCUGACGACAAAAGUCUACACCAUUACACAAUCGUGUUCAAGUAUAAACUGUCAGCCCUUGCCUAUCGAGACCGCUCCUCCACCUGGCUUCACAUCUGCGGUGGUCAAGUGUGACAAGUGCGGAGGCUCAGGGACUAAAGUCGCUACCUUGACAUUCCCAACUGAGUCUGUUGAAGCAUACUCAUCUUCUGGCUAUGUCGUUAUACCUAUUGCACAGCCAACACAGAUUCCACUCAGCCACAGUGAACAAUCCGAGAGCAGUUCAACUUCUGAGAUUGAUUCUUUUGGCUCCAAUGCUGGCCAUGCACUGAAUAACCAUGGCGCAUCUCUUUCUACAAAUCCUUCCUCAGACUCUGGAGAUUCGACCGCACAAGACUCCAGCAACGGGAGUCAAGAGAGCCAAGAUGUUUCCAACAUUGGAUCCAUGCAGCCCCAAUCAAACAACGGAGAUUCUGCAAAUGAUGGAGAAUCUUCUAAUGAGACAGGUUCCGGUGUUCCUAGAACUCGGCCAUUAUCUGAGACACCUACAUCUGGCUAUCACUUUUCUCCUUCCGUUUCCUCCCCUGCUGGUUCCCCUAAUGGCCAUUCUUCAUCUUCACCAGACGACACAAGUUCAUCUGAUACGGUCACUUCAGGGGACAAUAACUCAUAUCUCAUUCCUAACCAGAAGACCGGCAGCCCGUAUACAGGUGAUACUUCUGGUGCCUCGAGCGACGGAUCCGGCUCGUCUGGCAAUAACUCCCCCUACUCUCAAAAUGAUACCCCCUCAACUGGAAAACCAGCCACCAAAGACUCUGGCAAUGAUAGCUGGAGCCCCGAUUCCCCGAUCACUGUGAAUAGUGCAGGACAAAUCAAGACAAAUGUUUUUACAUGUAUAUUAACGAAUAUUGCUGGCAUGUUCGUUUUGAGGUUGCUAGUGUAG